AAAGUGGGCCUGCGACACGAUCCGGACAAGAGCAUCUGCUGCUUCAUCGCCCUCUUCGCGGCGGUCGCCCUGCGGAAUAGCGGAAGAGGAAGAAGAAGAAGAAGCAGGGAGCAGAGAGAGAGGGAGUGGGAGAGGGAGAGAGAGAGAGAGAGGAUGAUCAAGAGACGGUUUUACAGGGUAGAGCAUGGGGAGGGAGACGCUCCUUCCUCUGCUGCUUCUUCCUCUUCUUCUUUUGCCACCUCUUCAGACGAAGAAGAAGCAGGAAAAGAAGAAUGGGAGACGGAAGAGCAUGAUGAGGGUAGCGAGGACAUUAAUGAGGAAGAUGGUGGUGGCGAUGAAAAAGUAAGAGGAGAGCCUGAAGAAUCGGGGCCCCAAUCAGGGUAUGAGAGUGAAGAAAGCUCCGGCAAUGAGAUUGAUUGCAAUCCUUCAGGUGCUAUGAUGAAUGGAGAACAAGAUAAUGCUGAUGGGAGGAGUAAGCAUGCUUCGAUCGUGGAUGAAGAGAGUGAGAAGGGGAUUCCUGGAGCCAGCCAAAUGGUUCCUAUGGCUUUGGCAAGUUCUUGCAGUACCGCAAGCCCUCCACAACCUGAGCUUCUUGAUUGUGUCAUAAGGCUUAAAUCUGUCUUCAAAUGCAAGCUGUGUCCCAGAAUAAUAUGUUUGUCUGAGGAGACAAUGAGGACACACCUUAAGUCAAAGAGACAUGGUCGUUCUGAGAAAUUAUUUAAGGAGGGGAGGCUAAAGCUUGUGCUGAAUGAUGAUGGUGAAAUUGUGGAAGAAACAGAGACCCAUGCAGAGAGACAUGCUCGCACGGUUGUUGCUGCACAGAAUGCAGCUAAUCAAAAGAACAAGAAUCGAGGGCGCCAAAGACAGAGAAAUAGAAGCAGGAAAAAGAAAUUGAUGAAGAAAGGAAUUCAAGAGGUCAAAGAAAAGACCAAAGCAUCGUCAGGGAAGAAGAGACAGAAGACUGGGGAUUAGAGAUUACAAAUGGUCAACACGGAGAACUUUUCUUUCUUAACAGUUACUCUGUGUAUCCUAAGCUUGUUACAGAACAAGCUAUUCUUGAAAAGCAGGUUUCGAGGAUAUGAUAUAUUAAGCUUGGCCAGCUGCAUCAGCUGUUCUUUAUGAAAACAGCCUCUUUAUGGAUUCUUCAAAUAUGAGAGUGAGUGUUGUACCUCCUUUAAACGGUAUGCCUAUGGCCUCUACAUGGUCAUACUAACUGAUGACACUUUUGGAUCUUGAUCAGAAUAUUUUUGGGAUACCUGCGUGACUGACAACCCUACGAAAAGCAAUU